AUGAUUUUCCUUUUGCUGCAUGAUGAAAUCGAUGCUCAAACAUCCAGUCAAACAAUGUCAACAAAUGUCCAACCGACUUCUGCACAAUUUACUUCAAUGAAUUUGUUCCCAAUCCUUCAACAAUUUCCUCUAACAUUUGAACAGCACGAAGUUUUACAUCAAAAAGCUCAAGAAGAAUUUUUCCGUCAACAAAAACAGAUACGAGAUCAGGUAGAAAAACAAGAAAUAUUUCGCGGCGGGGAAUCGAACCCGCGUCUCGCAUGCGACAGCCGAGAAUAC